CUCCCCGCGGGCUCGCUGAUUCACACACCUCACACAGCAAGCAGGAGGAGCGGAGCGUGAUUCAGUCCGUCUGCUACAUAAACCUGUUUCAGGCUGUGUGCGAGUCUCACUGGCUUUUACAUGCGCACGAGGAUCGCUGAGCUCGCGGAAGAACCUCAAAUUUGAGUGUUUAUCGACCCCGGCUGGAUAAUCGAUUCUUUUUUUCUACAUUGCCAGGGAAACUGGUUGUGUAUGAACUUGCAGGAUAGAUUUCCACCUGCCCCGUGUGUUUAAAAAAAGGUCACGCGAUUCUGCGGUUCAAAUCAGGCGCACGAGGACAUUUUUUGCAUGACACUGUGGCCAGAUAAAAGCAGUGGAUGCAACUACGCUCCAUUUGUAGAGGAGAGGUGGAAGACUGGGAGAGGCUCUGAAGAGGACCAGCUGACCACCAGCAGAUACACCUCAGCUAAAGUUUGCUCCAAACCCAACCUCAACCAUACCAUGUCCCUCAGCACUUUUCACCUCAUGCAGACCCUUAAGAACUCUCCUGCUGCGCUACGUCGCCGCUUUCGCCGCGACCGCACAGAGUCUUUAUCCCAUGGCGACCCUCUGUUCAAAGUCCACUACCUGGGCACAGAGAAAAUCUUCUCUCUGGAUCGAGAGCAGGCCCAGGAGGCUAUUAGCCACCUGCUAGAAGGUAUUGCUAAUGGGAAGAAGCUCAGCAAAGAUCACGCCCUGGUGGUGCGCCCGAGAUACGUUGAGGUCAAGGAGCUGAGUACAGGUCGGCAGCUCACCAAGACGUACCUGCAGGACAUUGCAUACUGUGCCGCUGAUGCCAACCGGCCCAACGUCUUCCUGUAUAUCUGCAAACAUCAUGGGCAGCAGCUGCAGUGUCGAGUGUUCUGGUGCAGCCGGGCGGAGCGGGCGCGGGACAUGACUGCUUGCCUGGCACACUCUUUCCAGCGGGCGCUGAGCGACUGGCAGGACGGUUCGGCUACGCUGCAGCCAGGAGACGUGAAGGGGAAACGAGCAGAGGAGACGUCCAACUCUCCCACCAACACGAAGAGCUCCACGCUGCCCGCCAGUCUGGGAAAAGUUCGCUGGAAGAAGCGGGGCUCAGUGUCUCGCAGCCCCCUCAGGGCCAUCAGCAGAAGAGGGUCUGCCUCCGAUAGUUGGAACUGAACCCCAGCUUUAACCCCUUCCAACAAGGGAACACAUUAACCUGAUGACAGCCUCAAGGAUGGCAGCACUGACGGGAGGGGAGAGAGUGAUUUGCAAGACAGAAGGAGGGACAAAAGGGGAUGAAACAUGGAAUAAAGUGUCCAUAUUUGGACAUUUGAGGACUCUGCUUGUGAGAGGAUGUUGUUGCAAUCAGUGAGUGUAUGGACUUGAAGGUUUUUGACGCAGCAAAGUUGUCUUUUGACUUUUGCACGAGUGGCGUCCGGUGUAGCACAAAAUGCUGUUGACAGCUUCCUUUGUUCAUCUGUCAGCAGCUACUUGAGGACUUGUGCCUGACUGCAAGCCCUUUGUGGACUGGACUGGUUCAUUUCCAGGGCUUUUUGUUUUUGAUUUGUUUGGUUGCUUUUAAGUAGUCGGCUUGAUCCUGAAGCCACGAUGAGUUUGAUCUGUUUUGACAAUGAUACCAUUUGUUGUUGAUCCACAGAUGACAACUAAAACUGGAAAAAGACAACUAGAGCUUUUUUGUAGGCUGAUUUUUAUUUAUUAUUUUUUAAUUUCUCUGACGUUUGUUACAGAUUGUGAUGAUUUUAUUUUGUUGCUUUUAACUCUGUGGCACUGGCAAGAGUGUUUCUGGUCAUUAUUUUUAAGUGGAUAGACAAAACCACAUUUGUAAUCAACAUUGUGAGAGUUUUUACCAAGAUUACAUCAAUGGCGAAGGUCAAACAAACAUUAGGUAAAACUGAUUAGCCUGUAACGUGCAUGAAUUUAGUCAUAGUUAGCAAUUUAUGAGCACUUUCUGAAUUUUCAAGCGUAAAAUCUGAUCUCUAAACACAUUGCGUUUUAAUCACAGGCUUCAGAAUUUCUUACAAUUUAAUAGGUCAGUACUUUCCAUGACUUCUAUGACAGGUCCAACACCUGCAUUAUAAAUGGAGGAGGAAAAUAAAUGGACCCAAACAGAACCUUGCAGGGUCAACAAAAUCCUUCCCUGACGGACCACUCCAGCAUCCUGCGAAAUAAGCAGAUCUAACGGUCCACUGCGAUGAAUUAUUUGGAAUGUGGAAAAACAGACUCGGCCCUGACUUGUGGGGUUUGUCUUGUGUCCAGACACUGGGAACACUGUGUUCCCAAUGUGGAGCCUGUGUGUGGAAUGCGCAGCCAUGCACCUGCGUUCACACUGGGGAUAUUUGAGAUGGAUGAUCUUCUUUAAAAGCUCUGAAUUCUUCUCCACGUCCAGCCGUGACUUUGCAUAUUGAGCAGCCUCCUCAGUAGACGUGUGUUUUGACUCUGAGCCUGUGACCUGUUCACAUUAAAGACACGAAAGGGGUCCUAACUACCUAAGUUACAGUGACGUUUAAAGGCAUUGAUAUUUGCAGUAUUGCAUAACAUGCUCUGACCGUGGUGAUUUGGGUCUCGAGGUUUACAAAUGAGACUUGAGGAUUAGUGGUACACCCUGAGGCUACCAUUUGUUGUUUUUUGUUUUCUGACCAAAAGCUAGAAAUGUUGCCUAUUUUUUUUAAAACGGGAAAAGUAUUUUUUUGACUGAUGUGCCACUAAAUUUAAACCAGUUAACAUUUUGUAGUUGUGGUGUAUCUUUUCAACAUAUGGCGCAGCCCCCAAUCUCAGACGAGGGGUUAAAGUGCCUGCUUUAAGCCGUAUUUUAUCAAUGUACUGUUUUAUGUUGUUGUACAUAUUUAAUUAAAUAUGUAUUUUAUGGAAUAAUAAACCUUUUUUAUACAACA